AUGUUUUAUAGUCGCAUUGCCAUUUUGCGCGUGGCGGCGUCAUCAUCCUCUUCUCGUGUCGCCGGUAGUGCUCAUGCCUCCCCCGCUUCACCCCACGAGGUGCUUGGCGUGGCGGCAAGCGCCCCAUUUGAGGAGAUAAAGGCGCGUUACCAGGAGCUUACGCGUUACUAUCAUCCGGACAUGCCACACGGGGAUCCGGCAAAGUUUCGCGAGAUCAACACUGCCUACCGUGCGUUGCGUGCGGCAUGGCGAGAGAAGAAGGCGGAUAAAAUCGACCCAGAGUCCUUUUGGUCGGAGCGCAAUCGUAGAAGUAGGGACGAUUACACCAGUAGCCAGUCGCACCGUAGGGGGCGAAGGGACGAUUAUGCCAAGAAGAAUCGGAGUGGCAGUUUAUUGCGGGAGAUGUUGUGGAUGUACGAGUCCUACGAAUUGGUUAUCGUGCUUGGCGCGGCGGUGGCAGUUCUUUUGGUUGCCACGGAACGUUAUGUGGUCGUGCUUCGCAUGACGCGCGAGAAACGUGCCCGGUUACGGGCCAUGGAUGAAGGGUUUCCACCAAUCAUGCCGUUGGUUGUUGAUGAUGAGAUGCUGCACAAGUACAAUGAACAUGUGCCGAAGGAGGAAAUUGAGGUUGAUGACGCCUUGCUGAAGGAGGAGGCGUACCAUCGACGUGCCACCCAGCGACGCUUUGAAGACUUCCGUGAAUUUCUUUACAUAUAUAACCCGGAGGGGGUAACCUCGCGGAAGGUGACAACCAAGCGUUUUAGCAUUCAGUACAUUGACGAAGCCCUCAUCCCGAAACGCUGCACCCACGUCUGGGAGUUCAACUCGGAGCAGAGAAAUAAGCAGUACGAAACCAUUGUGAGGGAGGUAGAAAAGACCCUCGGCGCGACGCCGUGGGCAACGCCCGAUGUACAAUACAUCGCUCCUCUUGUUGCGAAGGGGCUUGCACUUAUUCCCAUGAAUUCUCCUCAUACUGCCAAGUGGACGUUUCUUGAGUACAAGGAUAUGGACAAAGAUGGUGAGUCUUCAUGUCUGAUGGCGCUUAAGAACAAUCGCUUUGGGCGUCUUGGCAUGUGCCAGCAGGUGACUGUAACAGGAAGUAAUGAACUUAGCCCAAAGUUGGUGAAGAAGCAGGAGGCGGAGCUGCAAAGUGGAGCACUGAAAAAAGAGAGCCUUAUCCAUGGAGGAAAGCUGCCUGUAAAGGACCUGUCGAUUCCACUUGAACACAUGAAACUAUAG